ACGCGCUACACAACAACUCAUCAUGAAAUUCCUGAUCGUCUUCGUUGCCCUCUUCGCCGUUGCCCUGGCAGCACCCGGUAGUGAUGGUGAGGCACAAGUUGUGCGUAGCAACUCUGAUGUUGGACCAGAAAAGUACAACUAUGCCUACGAGACAUCCAACGGUAUUCAGGCCGAGGAAACUGGUGAUUUGCAAAACAUUGGCAGUGAACACGAGGCUAUUUCCGUUAAGGGCUCAUACUCUUUUGUUGGCGAUGAUGGUGUGACCUACACCGUCAACUAUGUUGCCGAUGAGAACGGUUUCCAGCCCCAGGGUUCUCAUUUGCCCGUUGGCCCUCAACCCUAAGA